UGGAAAUUGACAUGGAUUCGAAGAAUGUUGGGAAGGGGCUGAAGGCGCUUGUGGUUGAAGACAGCCCCGUUUUGCAGCUGGUCCACAAGGCGCUGCUGAAGAAGUACGGAGUGGAAGUUCAGGUGGUCAAUAACGGCGAGGAGGCGGUGGUGCUCCACCGCUCCGGCGCCCGCUUUGACCUCCUGCUCAUGGACAAGGAAAUGCCCAUCAAGGAUGGCGUCAACGCAACAAAGGAGCUGCGAGAACUGGGUGUGAAGAGCAUGAUUGUUGGCGCGACUUCGCACGGGCCAGGUCCGGUGAGGGACGAGUUUCUGGCCGCGGGACUGGAUGAGUGCCUGGUGAAGCCGCUGGGUGCAGAAGCGAUUCUGCGCGUCAUUAACAAACUUGUUGCCUAA